ACCUUCAAACUGACGAACUCAAGCAAUUAACCUCUGUCAGGGUAUACAAAUGCGAAAAAUGCUUUUCUGCGAGGGCCACAGAACGAUUUCAGAACUUUCGCCUUGGCAAUUGCGAAAUGCCAAAAUGCGAAACACAUUUCGGGUUCAAGUUGCUGAUGGUGAUUGUUGCCGCUGCAAAUGCUACUGCUGCUGCUGCUGCUGCUGCUGCUGCUGAUGUUUUCGAACUUAUCAACACGCCGAUCACCUGCGACAGUUUCCGCUUUGCCUCAGAUACAUGUAGUCAGCCAUUGGGACAGCACCUAAUUGCCCCGCACCCAGUUACAGCCACAGCUCGAGUUCCAUUCCCACAACCACCGAGCCAUCAACCCAACCCAACCCACACCCAAUCCCAAGCCCAAACCCCGCUCAAGGUGAGCAGUGUAAAAACUUCCUGUGCACUCAUUUAGUCCUGCUGAGCUGUUGUCCUUUAUGUAAGCAGCAGCAGCAGCAGCAGCAGCAACACCAACUGCGACAGCAGCAACAGCGGCAGCAACACCGAGCAACACGCCCCUUUCACCCGAACAAUACACAAAAUGAAACGAAAGGAGCUGGAAAAAACGGAUAUAGAAAUUCAAUACUUUGAUUCGUGCCACAGGCAAAGCGGAGGAAGUGCAACCAUACAAGGUAACCAAAAUAGCAGGACAACACGUACCACAAGCACUUGUUGGGAUGUUCAGCUUACACUGCGAAAAUCGCAAAUCGGGGAUUGAAAAACAAUUAGCUAUACUAUAAGGCGGCUGAACGAGGGAUUU